AUGAAUGUAACUCUAAUAGAUGAUAGUUCUGAGGAGUACACACGCAGUCAUUUUAUAUUUGUUGAUCGAAAAUGGAUGUCAGAAUUACGAUACAUUCUGGGUACUGGAUUUGAGCAACCUUUUGUUGAAGAUAAAUCAUUAUUAAGAGACGUUAAUAAUGAUAAUGGGGUUCUUAUUAAAAGUAAAAAAUUGGAAACUGUGUUAAAAGAUAGGUUAAAUAAAUUAAUUGAAUAUGUAAAUAAUCAAGAAAGAGAGAUGAAACAUGGAGGAGAAGCAUUUUUGAGGAUUCUAAAUAAGUCAGAGAUUUUUGACAUUGAUACGACAAAAGAUAAGCCUUUGGCAAUGAUAAGAAAAUACGGAAGUAUAGAUAAAUUAGAAAAUGAGGAAAAACAAAAAGCCUUCCAUUUUAAAGGAAAAUGGAGUUCUAAAAGCAUAAAAGAACCAAGCAAGCAUGCUAAUAAAAUGCUCAAGCAUGAAGGGAAGGCUAUUAAAUUAUUUGAUAUGAAUAAUGAAAUAAAGGAUUUUGAACAUGAACCUGACGCAGUUGAGCAAAUUUCCUUUGAUUUAUUUUUUUGUGCUGAUAGUGUUAAUGACAACAUUCGAAAUAAAUUUUUAGGUAAUUUUAAAUAA